GUAUUUUUUGUGUAAAAUAGUUUUUAGAAGAGAAAUUAUCGACUUUAUACACAUUUCGAGAAUCAUUACAUACGUACAAUAUCAAUGUGAUAAAAUAAAUGAUUGUUCUAACGAUGCAUCAAAUAAUAUUGUGCGAAAAAAUAUCUGGCUGACGUCACAAAUAACUCUUAGUGUGUACGACUCAUUGUCAUAAUGCAAUCGACAUUUAAUAAAAUAGAAUUGAAAUAUUAAUUAAGUGUGAUAUCCAAAGCAAUCUUUAUUUUAAGUCUAAGUUACAUCACCUAAUUUGUCUCGUUGCUAAUUAACUUCUUCAGUGUGUCAGUGUGCCCCCUUUGCCUAGCUUUCACUAUCCACAAACUAAUCUAACUUUACUAAAAAAUAAACCAUUCAUCUGAUGUUAUUUUAUUUUUGAAGACUGUUUUUGUUUUAAAUUUUUUGUGUUUAUAUAUCCCGUCAAAUAUAUUUUUGAAGUUCCAACUAAUCAUAAAAAAAUCUUAAAAAACCAAAAAAAAACUGAAAAAGAUAAUGGAUUCCGAGGAAGAGGGUAUUUACGACGAUGUGGAUUCUGGGAAUGAAUCUAGUGGAGAUGAUGAUUUUGCUAUGGAAGUCGAAUCAAAUCAUAACAGGGAAAGGCAAAAUGAUGCUGAGGAUUACCCCUUCGAGGUGCUGUCUACGGAACAAAUUGUGCAACACAUGGUGGACUGUAUUCGGGAAGUCAAUCUAGUUGUCGAGAUCCCUGCCACAACAAUAAGGAUACUCCUAAAUCAUUUCAAAUGGGACAAGGAGAAACUGAUGGAAAGACUUUACGAUGGUGACCAAGAUCAACUGUUUAACGAUGCACAUGUUAUAAAUCCCUAUAGGUCACCACCACUAAUUAGCAAAACGAAGCCAAGAAAAACGACAGCAUCAGGGACUGAAGAAUGCGAGAUCUGUUUCACUGUUUUACCUUCAUCGAUGAUGACCGGCCUGGAGUGCGGCCACCGGUUCUGCACGCAAUGCUGGGCCGAAUACCUGACGACGAAGAUAAUGGAGGAGGGGCUGGGGCAGACGAUCGCCUGCGCCGCCCACGCCUGCGACAUCCUGGUCGACGACGCCACUGUCAUGCGCCUCGUGAGGGAGCCGAGGGUCAAGCUGAAGUACCAGCACCUCAUCACCAACAGCUUUGUAGAGUGUAAUCGUUUGUUGAGGUGGUGCCCUUCGCCUGAUUGCAGCAACGCGAUUAAAGUGCAGCGUUUGUCGCACAGGUUUUUCACUCAAAUCAAAAGAGUGUUAUCACUUCUUAAUAUAAAUAAGUCUCAAGUUUGUAGAUAG